AUGGAUUCUCUCCGGCGAUCGCUCAAAUCCCACGGAUCCCACAAGUGCUCCUCCCGGACCUUCCCCUCCUCCGAGCAGGAGAAGCAGCCCAUGCUCUUCGAGGAGCCGCCCAACGACGGCGACCGCCGGGAGGUCGUCGUCAAGAUCGAUGGCGCCACCCGUGACGCCUUUGACCAACCCUCCUCCAUCCCCACUACAAACAUUAACAACAACAACAACAACAACAACAACAACAACAGUAAUAAUAAUAGCAAGGUCUGGAGGGAAUCCAGCUACGAAUUCUGGAAGCCGGAACCCGGCGGCGGAUCGCGAGACGGCGGACGCAGCGGCGCCGGAUUCAGCUUUCCGAACCAGCACCGGCCGAUGACGGAGAUCAGUGAGGACCCGCCGUCGCGGCUUAUAAGCUCGUUCCUCCGCAAGCAGCGCGCCUCCGGAGUCGAUGUGGCCCUCGACAUGGACCUCGAGAUGGAGGAGCUCAAGAAGCCGUCCUCCAAUGGUUCCAAGGAGUUCCGCGUCGCCUUCCAAAACCCCUCCGCCGACCCCCCCUCCCGCAGCUCCUACCGGUCCCGCUCCUCCUCUGAUGACGACGACGACGACGACGGCGGCGGCGGCCCCCGCCGCCUCAAUGCCUCCCCCAGCCCCACCGCCCGCGACCCCGCCGCCGGCGAGGUUCUCCGCUGCACCUCCAACGCCUCCUUCGUCCCCUCCACCACCCUCCUCCGCGUCAAGACCCGCUCCCGCCUCAUGGACCCACCUCCCCCGGUGGCCGCCGCCGCCGCCGAAGACGACAAGAAGUCCGGCCGGCUCCCUCGUUCCGGCCAGCCCAAGUCCGGCAUCGUCAAGUCCGGCCUUCUUGGCAAGUCCCGGCAGACGGCCUACGAGGAGGACGACGAGGACCCAUUCAUCGACGAGGACAUCCCCGACGAGUUCAAGCGCGCAAAAUUUGAUUUCCUCACCAUCCUCCAGUGGGUAAGCCUUAUACUCAUCAUCGCCGCCCUCGCCUGCAGCCUCUCCAUCCCCGUCCUCGAGCGGCAGACCGUCUGGAGCCUCCACCUCUGGAAGUGGGAGUUCCUCGUCUUCGUGCUCAUCUGCGGCCGCCUCGUCUCCGGCUGGUUCAUUCGAAUUCUCGUCUUCUUUAUCGAGCGCAACUUCAUCCUCCGCAAGCGUGUACUCUACUUCGUCUACGGCGUCCGGAAGGCGGUUCAGAAUUGUCUCUGGCUGGGCCUCGUCCUCGUAUCCUGGCACUACAUUUUCGACAAGAAGGUGGAGCGCGAGACCAAGAGCAAGACCCUUCCCUAUGUCACCAAGGUGCUCUUUUGUCUCCUAGUCGUCUGUGUCUUCCGCCUCAUCAAGACACUGCUCGUCAAGGUCCUGGCAUCGUCGUUCCAUGUGAGCACCUACUUCGACCGCAUCCAUGAAGCGCUUUUCAAUCAGUAUGUGAUCGAGACGCUCUCCGGGCCGCCGCUGGUGGAGAUCCAGAGGACGCAGGAUGAGGAAGACCGGAUGAUGGCCGAGGUCCAGAAGCUCCAGAACGCAGGCGCCACUAUACCAAGCGAGCUUCGGGCGGCUGCGAUGCCAAGCAAGAGUGGGCGGGUGAUUGGGAGUGGGGGCAGCGGCCAUGGAGGGAUGCGGAAGAGCAUGCAGAUGGGGAAGAGCAUCAGGAUUUCAGGACCGGUUUCUGCGAAAGAUGCUGGCCGGCAGCAGCAGGAGGGGAUCACAAUUGACCAGCUUCACAAACUGAACCAGAAGAACAUUUCGGCUUGGAAUAUGAAGAGGCUGAUGAGGAUUGUGAGGAAUGGGACGCUGAUGACGCUCGAUGAGCAGGCAGCACAGGAAAGAGGGAUGGACGAAACAGCCAUACAGAUACAGAGCGAGUAUGAGGCAAAGGCUGCUGCCAAGAAGAUCUUCAAUAAUGUGGCCAAGCCUAGGGAGAAGUAUAUCUAUUUGGAGGACCUUAUGCGAUUCAUGAGGGAAGAUGAAGCUCUGAAGACAAUGAGCUUUUUUGAAGGAGCUCAAGAAAAACAAAGGGUUAGCAGGAAGUCUCUCAAGAAUUGGGUGAUUAAUGCAUUCAGAGAACGCAGAGCCCUUUCUUUGACACUGAAUGACACGAAAACUGCAGUGAACAAGCUCCACCAAAUGGCAAAUGUAGUUGUAGGCAUCAUCGUAUUUGCUCUCUGGCUACUUAUUCUGGGCCUUGCAACCACCCAUUUCUUUUAUCUCAUUAGUUCUCAGGUUUUAUUGGCGGUAUUUAUUUUUGGUAACACUUUGAAGACAGUAUUUGAAGCUAUCAUUUUCUUGUUUGUGAUGCACCCCUUUGAUGUUGGUGAUCGUUGUGAAGUGGAUGGUGUUCAGUUGGUUGUUGAGGAGAUGAAUAUAUUGACAACAAUUUUUUUGAGGUAUGACAACCAGAAGAUAAUUUAUCCGAACAGUGUACUGGCUACCAAAUUCAUUGGCAAUUUCUAUCGAAGCCCAGAUAUGGGGGAGGCAAUUGACUUCUGUGUUCAUGUUGCAACUCCGGUGGAGAAACUCGCUAUAAUGAGGGAAAGGAUAAUAGGAUACAUGGUGAAUAAAAAUGAACACUGGUACCCUGAUCCUUCAGUUGUUCUCAGGGAUGUGGAUGACAUGAACAGAUUGAAAAUAUCAAUCUGGAUGCGUCAACGCAUCAAUUUUCAAGAUAUGGGGCUCAGGUGGGCAAGGAGAGAGCUUGUGCUUGAGGAGUUGAUCAGAAUCUUGAGAGAACUGGACAUCGAAUACCGGAUGUUGCCUCUUGAUGUGAAUGUCCGUGACAUGCCUGCUGUUGCCUCCACACGUGUACCGUCCACCUGGUCAACUUGCAACUGAUCCUGUGAUUGAAGUUGUUUAUCUCUGACUUAGAUGUUAUCCAAACUUGGGAAGGAGUACCGCAGCCAGAAGAGGGGAUUAGGUUGGUAAUGUGUUUCUCCUUUCCAGUAUAUGGCUUUGGCUUCUCAAUUUUCCUUCUCCCCAAAGUUCUGGUAUCACAUGUUUAAAUAGCACUAAUUAAGUGUGUAGAUCAGCCUAUUUGCAUGGAGAGCCAUUAUAUAUGAUGAGCUUGUUAUUUGUAAUUGUAGUUUUAGAUGCAACAUCAAGUGUUUAAUGUGCUUAUAAACAUUUUUGUCACUUAUGGUAAUCUCUCUAGUAGCAAACACGAAGUAUGAGGUGUUACUUUGAUUUUGCCCA